ACUAGCGCUUGCGCUGUGAGCUUAAAAGACAGCGUCCUCGAUGCAUUUAAUUAAAACCUUAAAAUAUACAUUAUACGUAUUGUUUCUACGUGAGUUUGGCUCCAUUUCAGUACAGCCAGGUGCUUUUAUCCCUGUCGGGCUUUUUGUGUGGAUGGAUGGAAAGCUAUACAGGGGGCGGAGGAGGUGAGGACAAACCGAGCAGAGAACUGGCUCAUUGGUUGGCUGGUGUCUGUAGCCCAUAGCCCCAUAUUUUAUCAGGAACUGUCUGGAGCUCUUGUCGUUGGGGUGGAAAACGCAGCGGCACAGCAGCCCCGCGAGCUACCGGGAGAACGGUAGCAUGAUAGUCGUGGAGGGGAGUCGGCAGGAAAAGGGUCCGUAUCCGCACUUUACUGCGCGUACAUCGAGUUCAUUGAGUCGGUGAGCGCCAGCGAGCGUCCGACAUGGGGAAGGAGGUAAAUGGUGUCUCCCGGAGCCGGUUUGAGAUGUUCACAAACAGUGACGAGGCGGUAAUCAAUAAAAAGCUGCCCAAGGAGCUGUUGCUACGAAUCUUCUCCUUUCUGGAUGUGGUGACACUCUGUCGCUGUGCCCAGGUCUCACGGUCGUGGAAUGUUUUGGCUUUGGAUGGCAGCAACUGGCAACGGAUUGACCUCUUUGACUUUCAGAGGGACAUUGAGGGCCGGGUGGUGGAGAACAUCUCCAAGAGAUGUGGCGGGUUUCUUCGGAAGCUGAGCCUGCGAGGAUGUCUGGGUGUGGGUGACAGUGCCCUGAGGACAUUUUCACAGAACUGCAGGAAUAUUGAGUUGCUCAGUCUGAAUGGCUGCACCAAGAUCACUGACAGCACAUGUAAUAGUCUGAGUAAGUUCUGUCCAAAGCUGAAGCACCUGGAUCUUUCCUCCUGUACCUCAAUCACCAACCUGUCACUCAAGGCUCUCAGUGAGGGCUGUCCCCUGCUUGAGCAGCUCAACAUCUCUUGGUGUGAUCAGAUCACCAAGGAUGGCAUCCAGGCCCUUGUGCGCUCCUGUCCUGGACUCAAGGGCCUUUUUCUAAAAGGUUGCACACAGCUAGAAGAUGAGGCUUUGAAACAUAUUGGGGCCCAUUGUCCAGAGCUUGUCACACUCAACUUGCAGACAUGUUCACAGAUCACAGACGAGGGCCUGAUCACAAUUUGCAGAGGUUGUCACCGCCUGCAGUCUCUGUGUGUGUCCGGUUGUGCCAACAUCACAGAUGCCAUCCUUCACGCCCUGGGACAGAACUGCCCCCGCCUCAGAAUAUUAGAAGUAGCCCGCUGCUCUCAGCUAACAGAUGUGGGUUUCACUACAUUAGCAAGGAAUUGUCAUGAACUUGAGAAAAUGGAUUUGGAAGAAUGUGUGCAGAUCACAGAUGGGACGCUCAUCCAGCUGUCGAUCCACUGCCCUCGUUUGCAAGUCCUAAGUCUAUCACACUGUGAGCUGAUCACCGACGAUGGUAUCAGACAUCUCGGCAGCGGCCCCUGUGCUCACGAUCGGCUGGAGGUGAUCGAGCUGGACAACUGCCCCCUGAUCACAGAUGCGUCACUGGAGCACCUGAAGACCUGCCACAGUCUAGAUCGCAUUGAGCUCUAUGACUGCCAGCAGAUCACCCGCGCUGGCAUCAAGAGACUAAGGACCCAUCUUCCGAACAUCAAAGUGCAUGCAUACUUUGCUCCCGUCACUCCGCCUCCCUCCGUCGGGGGCAGCCGUCAGAGGUUUUGCCGCUGCUGUGUCCUGCUAUGAUGUAAAGACAACAACCCCUGUCCUCGUUCCCCCUACAAGCUCCCCACAGCCCGUCACUUGACCCUUGAACCUACUGUCCUCCCAACUGCCGACCCCAAGUCAUAGACUACAUGCUGGUGUGUCCCCCUUUUGGAGCUGCAGAGAGAGGGAGAGAGCCAAACAACGCCACAGGGUCUUGGGUAAUUUUUCCCAAAACAUUCCUGACUCUCCCAAACACACGCACGCACGCACACACACAAGACAACAGCCUUUUACACAAGCCGAUAUACAAACACCUUUACACACAGAUUAACUCUUAGACGAAUGUUGGAACAUUCCUGGGUUCAGUGGACAAACCAGUAUUACCAUGAUUAUGUAAAAAUCUAAUAUGCUCACCAUCAGCAUCAAGUCAACUUAAACAGAAUUGUUAGAUGACAAGCUCUUUAAAUGGAAAAAAAGAUUGUCCAGUGUUGACAAGCAGCCAGACUCUUCACUUCUUUAGCACUUUGAGAGAAAUCACAAAA